AUGCAAAAUGUACAAACAUACACAGGCGAUAUAUCUGACCAGCACAUGUCAACACCUCUUCUGGUUAACUAUCCGAACAAUCUACUCCCAGCUUCGCCACAAACACUACAAGAAUAUUUGAUAGUGUCUGAUUCAUCUUCAGAUGUCUAUGAACCUUCACCUGCGUCAGACAUACACAGUUCAUUGGAAAGUGAUCUGGAAAGUGUUGCUUUCCAAAUAGAAACAGACAUAACACCUAAAAAUCUGGCGAAAAAAGAAUCUAUGAAGAGAAAAAGAAACGAGAAGUUGUGGAAGAAAAAUGUUAAGAAAGUGAAAAGGCUUAAAGGAGAGUCUUACGUUGGCUAUAGGGGAAUCAAGGUACCUUCACGGCCUCUUUUGCCAGCACCUUGUCUGAAUAAGCAAAAACAUAAAUGUGCAACUUUAAUUUCCGAGCAAAACCGAAUUAAAAUUUAUAAUGAUUUUAAUAAUUUUACCAGCAAUAACGAUCAACGUCAAUUUGUGUCUAAUCACAUCGAACAAAAAGACAAGAAACGCACGACGAGAGGUAUCGAAAAUUCAAGAAAAAAUUACACCUACGUUUAUAGUCUUACAGUUGAUGGUAUUAAACUUACCGUAUGUAGGGAAUUUUUCAUGGCCACAUUAAAUGUGACAGACGCCUUUAUGCGAAGUGCAAUAAACAAGCGCUCAUCCAAUGGAGUUUUAGAAAAAGAUAAGCGCGGGAAACACCAACCAUCAAACAAGUUACCCCAGGAUGUCGAAGAAUUUAUACGAAACCACAUUCUAUCCUUUCCAGCGGUAGAAUCGCAUUAUUGUCGUAAAUCGAGUACAAAGAAAUACCUUGACUCAUCCCUUAAUAUAUCAAUAAUGUACAGGAUGUAUAAGGAGUUGUGCAGCACUAAGAAAGACAAAACAGUAUCAUUUGAAAAAUAUCGCCAGAUAUUCUGCGAAUAUAACUUAGGCUUCUUUAAGCCCAAAAAAGACCAGUGCAGGAAAUGCUUGACUUUCAAAAAUAUGUCUGAAGAACAGAAAAUAAUUGAAGAAGAAGCGUAUCUACAACAUCUAAAAAGAAAAAUGAAGCUAGAGAAGCUCGCGAUGAGGACAAGCAAUCAAGAUGUUAUGUGCUACCUUUGGGACGAAACCAAGGGAAAACGAGGGUCUAAUGAAAUUUCAUCUUGUGUAUUAGAUUUCGUUAUGAGCCAUUCUCAAAUCGAAGCUGUACGUAUGAUGUCUGACGGCUGUGGAGGCCAGCAAAAAAACGCAAUAUUUGCAACAAUGUGUAUCCAACUUCUUGCGAAACAUCCAUCAUUAAAAGUGAUUGAUCAUAAGUUUUUUGAAACGGGACACACUGAAAUGGAAUGUGAUUCCAUUCAUUCAAAAAUAGAGAAGAAAGCAAAAUAUGUACCCGUUUAUACCCCCGAGGGUUGGGCGCAACUUAUAAGAGAUGCACGUAUCACACCAUCUCCCUUUGUUGUAAAGUAUUUGACGUGUGAUGCCUUUUUGGAUUUUAAAGGGUUUUUAAAUAAUAGUUCCUUCAAAUUAAGUGAAAUUCCUUGGAGAAAGCUUUGCUGUCUUCAAUAUAUUAAAGAAAAUAAUGUCAUAAAAGUUCUUUAUAAAGUAAACUUUACCGAUGAUUUUAUUGAAGUGGACUACAAAAAAACACGAGGCCGCCCGAAACAAGCAGAGUUACAAAAGGCCUAUCAAAGUGACUUACCCAUCAGCGAGGCAAAAUUAAAGGACUUAGAUAAAAUGUGCAAGGAUUUGACAAUACCAAGAGGUUACCAUGAUUUUUACGGCUCCUUAAAAAAAAUCAAACGGUGA